CUCAUACGUAACAAUUCUUGAACCUUGAAAACACAAGUUAUCACUACUGAAGUUAAACCUAUCUUGUUACCACCACUUGUUUCCAAUGUCUCAGUCUGCUUCUGAAAACACAAGUGCGAGAACUCGCACGAGAACGAGAACAAGCUUAUGGUUCUCUGCAUCGUUUUACGCUCUCGUUCUCCCUGUGCUGGUGGCUGCGAUUCUCUACCGGCUCGAACCCUUCCAACCGGUUCUUUUGCCGGUUCCGCUGAGCCCGUCCACCGUGGUGGUUCCCGCACGUAACAAUCGCGUGCUGCGAGGGGCUGAAGCUGUGGCUCAGGGACAAGUGCAGGGUCCCGAAGACUUGGCCUAUGACGCUGCGACACGUGUCAUCUACACUGGAUGCGAGGAUGGGUGGAUCAAGCGAUUCACGGUGAACGACUCGGUGGCUGACUCGGUCGUUGAAAAAUGGGUCAACACCGGCGGAAGACCACUUGGUAUAGCUUUGAAACGGAAUGGUGAUCUCAUCGUUGCCGACGCCCAAAAGGGACUACUGAGAGUGACGAGUGAAAAGGAGGUUGAGCUGUUGGUCGAUGAGUUUGAAGGAUUAAAAUUCAAAUUAACAGAUGAAGUUGACAUAGGAGAUGAUGGUACCAUUUAUUUCACGGAUGCAUCACACAAAUACUCUCUGAAAGAUGCUCUCUUAGACAUCUUAGAAGGCAAGCCUAAUGGCAGAUUAUUGAGCUAUAAUCCAGCAACAAAGAAAACAACCCUACUUGUCCAAAAUCUCUACUUUGCCAAUGGGGUUGCCGUCUCACCAGAUCAACAAUUUGUGGUCUUCUGUGAAUCUGUUCUAAUGAGAUGCAAUAAAUAUCACUUACAGGGCCCUAAAAAAGGAACCAUAGAGAAGUUCUGUGACGUACCUGGCAUGCCUGACAACAUUCAUUAUGAUGAUGGACAACGACAGUAUUUGAUCGCAAUAUUCACGGCCCUUGCUCCUGAAUUGGAUAUAGCAUAUAGAUACCCUUUCAUUAGGAAGGCCGUAGCAAUUGUGAUGAAGUAUGUACUGAAUCUAUCUUUCUCGAAGAAUGGAGGAGUUCUGGUCGUGGAUUUAGAAGGAAAACCAACUGCACAUUAUUAUGAUCUCAAAUUAGGAUUGACUAGUGCAGUUAAAAUCGGGAAUCAUAUAUAUGGUGGUUCCAUUUUAUACCCUUUUGUAACACGUCUUGAUAUUGAGAAGUACCCUGCUCUCCCCACAGUUUAAACGACAAAGAACAUCUUCUAAGGUUUUGAUGUACAAGCAGAUUUUUAGUUUCCUUAGUGUCAUGUUGGUGCCAUAAAAAAGGACUCAUCUGAAAAUUCCAUUCAUCUGUUAUAUAUUUUGUUAUAAUAAAAAUGGAAUUUCUUGUA